UAUGUUUUGACAACAUACAUUUUCUGCUAAUAAUUUGAUCAUGGAUGAGGCUGCAAGCAUUUUUAAUUAUGUUAAAGAGUUUGAUUCAGAAACGUGGAGAAAAAUUAAAAUGAUAAUUAAACCACAUAAAAUGAGUUCUGUAUUGGAAAUUUUUAGAGAACAUUUGAACAAUUUACCUGACUUGCUAGUGUUUAAUCAACAUCAAGAAAAUAUUCCGCAAUUUUUGUUGGAAUUUUGCAAAGCAAUUCAACGAAACUUUUUAUCACCUGGAGAUCCUUUUGGCAUUCUUUUAACUUGCCGUGUGACCAAGCUUUAUACCCAAAAUACUUUGGAUAAACGUCAUUUAAAAGAUGUAUUACCUACUCUCAGCAAUUAUAAAGUUGAAAAAGAUUUGCUCUUUGAACUUAAUAUUUUUACGAGUCUAAAUCAAAUUUUUGAAAUUGCCAAUAAACGUAAAUUUACGACUCUAUUUGUAACUGGUUAUGAAGUCUCUGAGUUGUUAAAUAUUAGCAAAGAAGAAACGUGUUAUUUAUCCAUUAAUAACAAAAACAAUAAAGCGUCCAACAUUGAAAACCAUAAUGUGUAUUUUUGCUUAAAGAGAUUUAUCGUUUUGGAUAGUUUUGUGGAAAAUUACUCAAAAAUUAUCUGCCAAAAGAUUGACGACCGAGAUUAUUUGAUGAGAAAUUUAAAACUCACACGUGUAGUAGCUCUUAGUGAUGUAAAAUAUGUCUUCAAAAAAUGUGGUAUUGUGUGUUAUUUUUUUAAUCUUAUCAAUUUAUUGAAAUUGCAAUUUUUUAAAACCAUGCAUUCCACAGGUCGAAAUUUUAAAGACAUUAUCAACAUUUUAAAGUUUCAGUGUCAUAUGGGUGAGCCACUUCCUUUAAACAGAAAUGGUUUGAAAAAACAUCCGAAUAGAUCAGGUUUAGAAAAAUUGUGUUUUGAAGCAGUCAAACAAAAUUAUGUGUUGGAAUCGAUUCAGUCGAAAAUGUAUGAUGUAAAUGAUUCCGUCAGUAAAAUUGUAUUUGGAGAGCAGUUUGUUGAAGGUACUGGAUACAAAUUUAGUCUAUUAACAAAUACUCAGCAUUAAAUGUAACAUGUUGAAUGCCUAAUAUCUUUUCUGGAAAGAAAUAGAUAUAACAUAAGUAUGUUGAAUGUCUAUUAGGGGUGUAUUUAUGGAGAAAAGCGUCUAUGAUCUAUACAAAUCUGGUGCCUUUCCUAAAAUAUUAUA